AUGCGAGCUCCACGAGCCCUAGCCGCCGUCGGAGCAGCCUUUUUCGCCCAGCACGUCUUUGCCACUCCUGGACUCUUUGACGUCGACUUCGACGAAAAUCCCGCCCCUGUCGCUGAACACGCUCUCCGCGACAAAGCCUAUCUGCCCGCCCAGAUCUGCGGUAUUAUUGGCGCCUACAUCUUCUCUGUUCUCGUCGUCGGCAUUGCCCUCCUUACCUACGGACGCAAGAUGCGUCGCGCUGUUACCGACCAGCGCGUCGACGUCGUCAAGGCGAACGGCACCAAUGGCUUCGAGAUGACUCCCGUCUCGCCCUCUUCGCGCUGGCGCUCGCCCCUCAGCCCCAGCAAGCUCAAGCAUGCCUUCAAGAAGAGCCAGACGAGCAUUGCCGAGCGCCAGCAGCAGAGUGUGCCUACGAGCCCCAUCAGCCCCAGCUGCCAGAGCAUGUCGUCCUUCGACCAGAACUUCCUAAAGAACCAACAGGAGGAGAGACAGAAAGAGAUGGAGAGAUUAUACGCUGCCGUCAUGGAACACGACGAGGAGAGGAAAAAGAAGGUCGCUAACUCGUCCGCCGAGGAGAUCCAAGAAUCGCCUGAGGAGGAGGAAGAGGAGCGCCACUAUCCCGUGCAACCGAAGGGCCGCCCGCCCAUGAUCAACACUGCUGCCUCUCUCCGAGUCCCCAGCAGUCAAAAUCCUGCGAGUCCCAUCUCGCCCGCCAGCCCUCGCAGCCCAGUCCGCGCCAUCUACCCUCCGGAGAGCCCAAUGGCCGCUGCUCGCCGCCAGAAUUACGCCAGCCCUCCGCCAUCGUCGCCACGUGGAAUCCUCUCAAAGAAGGACCGAACUGCAUCAAUUGGCUCCACUGGUAGCAAGUCUCGCCGCAGCAUCCGUAACCUUCGCAUUAGCGGCCCGAUCACGAAGUAUCCGGGUCAGCGUGACGACGAAGAAGCCCGCACCCCGCUGUCUCCACGUUUCUACAACCCUGGUCCGCCGCCAUCCCCACCUUCGGCCACCACCGCACCCACCCCAACCACCCCCAACACCGCUGAGUCCUUCGGCCCCUUCCACUACGAGGAUCUGGGCCGCCCGCACCCGCUCCCGCGCGCCCACCCCCAGCGCAGCGAGAGCGGACGGACGCUGGACGCCCACUCGAUGCACAGCUCGCACACGCCGCGCCCCAGCAACGGCAGCAACACCAUCGACAUCGCCAUGCGCGCCGGCGACGCGCCCUCCGGCCCGCCCCCGGCCAUCCGCACGCAGGACCUGCCCCCGCCCCCGCGCGGGCCCCACGGCGCCUCGGCGCGGUCCGCCACGUCGUCGACGUCGGAGCUGCCGCUGCGCAGUAUGGCGCCCGACUCGGCGCAGUCGCCCUCGACCAAGACGACCGUUAUCGAGGCGCGCAACCGCGGCCGCGACCUCCUGUCGCCGAGAGACCGCGGCUUGCGCACGCCCGCCACCGGCGUGCCCAUGACGCCCUACAGCCCGUACAUGCCCUUCACGCCCAUCACGCCCGUCACGCCGCACCUGGUCACGCGCAAGGAGCGCAAGCAGCGCCAGCGCGACGAGCGCAAGAUGGGCCUGCGCAGUCCGCUGCAGGAGGGAGACGAGGUCGGCGAUGUCGACUGGGGCGAUGCGUAUUAA